GAAACUCUCUUCAAAGCACAAAAUCUGAUGAUUACUUUUGAUCACCUCAGUGAAAGUUGAACUAGUUUUACAAACUAAAAGACGUAAAACGCACUGAUGACAACUGCAAAGCGAUUAUCUAAAAAAUGUGUUCUUUUCGUCAGCCAUUGGCGGUGUAAAGCUAUUUGUCAGCGCUAUUUCCCGAUCACUCACAGGCCACUAUUUAAACAGCAUGGGACCAUCAUUCGAGAACAAGACAAUAAAAGACAACAAAAGGCAACAACAAACUUCUAUCCGUUGUUUCACUCCCUUUUCUGCGUGUGUAGCUCUCUUCCUGUGUUAAUCUCAAUCUUCUUCUACAUUUCCCGUUAUUCAGUUUUUAUAUUAGUUAAUGCGAGUUGUUUAGGAAGUCAACUUUUUGUGUUACGCGUUGUCCACAGAGGAAAUUGUAAUUAGCAAGGUUAAAAAAGUGAAUUGGAAAAUAUUGGAAAAAAAAGCUUGUGGGUGAUAGGAUAUGUGAAAGCAUCCACCGAACCAGGAUAUGCUCGAUCCCGAGCACAUGAGUGGACUAAACUCAACUGAAACGAUAACUAUGAUUCGAAAACACAAGAAAUAGCUGAGUCUACGUUCUGGCUCUGCUCAGUUGAACAACUUUUAAUUCCAGUUCCUUUAAUGAUAAUGAAUUUCAAAUCUGCAUGUUACAUGUCUUUUCUGUAUUAUAUUUCAGCGAGUUCCAUCAGUAAACAGGAAAAACACACGCAUGGGAUAUUUUAAGUUGUAUUUCAAAACACUACUGAGACAACUCUUUUAGCGGGAUAUUUGAACCAAACACAGCCAAAACAACCUUUGUUUUCACGAGAGAACACAAAACUCGGCUUUGGGGUGGUCAAAUUUCCCCACUUGAUGUAGAACAUUCCAAUUCUGUCAACCAACAGAUCAACUGUCGUGGUAUUAUUUAAAAAUGCUGAUCUGCUGAGCAAUUUUCCAUUUGUUAGCAUCAAAGAAAAAUGUACAAACAUUCAAUCGGAAUAUUUUCAAGUAGUUUUAAACAAUAAUUUCGGUGCAUAACUCUUACUCCAUUACUGAGUGUUGAAGGAAACCUCAGCUGGUGACUAUCAAUCAAAACACAAGUAUUUCUACCGACCUUCAGGACAUCUUAAAUUCAUAAUGUUUGUUCAGACGAAAGAAGUUGUUCCGUGCUCUUGAUCAGUGAAAAAUCUCACCAACGUCAACGCUUGCUAUUGUUAUGGAUACGGCACCAUUUAUUUCUCGCCUUCUUGCCAAACCAAGAAAGAGGUAAAAUAAACAAUGCAGGCCACUGACUGCAUAGGUAUGGUUUUUAAUACUGCCAAAGGCGUUGGCUAUUUCCGAACGAUGACAAAUUCAAGAAUUGGGCGGUAGUUUCUAGACGUAGCCACAAAUUAAUUUUCAACACCAAAGGGCGUGAAAUAUAAACCAAACUAAGGCACUUUUAUUGAGUAGCAUUAACCUGUUAACACUUUAUAUCAAUGGAGAUAAAAUCAAGCAUAACUCCCGGAGAAUAUUCGAGCUUUAGGCAGACGCAAAGCGCUGGGCACUCCUUAGAACGAACCAUCGGGCCUGAGCGGAGUACAAGCUGUGAAGUCGUCAGAUAAGAUGUCCCUGCUUAAGCUAUUUUUAUUGCUGUUACUAGUUAUGUUUUCACACUGCUUUGUGUGGGAAAAGACGAAGAAAAGCGGAAUUUCUCAUCAGUCAAGACUUCAAAGAGUACCAACAAAACGUGUCACUGCCAAGAAAAUUGAACGAUUUUUUAUCCAGAACAUGGUCCGACGUCGACACCGGAGGAGUGUCGAUCAAACUUACUACGACGUCGCACUUGUGUUCGACGCGUCCAAUUCCAUUCGUAAACGCGAUUUCUACAGAGGCGUCAAAGCUUUAGAGAGGCUGAUCGAUAAAGCAAGCCCGAAUACUCAUUAUGCCGCCGUCACAUACUCAGACAAGGCCAAGGUGGACUUCAGUUUUACCGACCCACAAACAGCUAAAUACAAUCUACACACCAAAGUUCACUUCAUUGGCCACAAGACAAACACUCAAGAAGCCUUUGAAAUAUGUCGCACGAAGCUGUUCCAAAACAAAAACUCUAAAUUACGACCACGAGCAAAAAAACGUGUUCUUCUCCUCACGGAUGGAAGCUCCAACAUCAACAUCCACCUCACACUGUACCGCGCCUUCCAACUGAAAAUCCUUGGCGUGGAAAUGUUUGUGAUUGGUGUUGGAAAUUACAUGCCUGGUAUUCAAGAGUUGGUGGGUAUUGCUAGCAGCACAAACAGACAUUUGUUUCGUGUCAGGGACACCCUGUCGUUACUGGACAUUGCCCGGCUCAUUCCACCCUGGAAAUACAUGCACCAGCAUCAGUUACCUUGGGUUAUGAACACCCAAAGGUCCGCUUACGAUGUCCCCUACUGAUCUGCGUAUCCUGAAAGACAUCUACGUUUGAUGAAUACAGAGAUAAGCCUGCGCUGACAAGACAAGCAAUCUGGGCGCAUUCUUAAGUGUAGCUUUGCAGACUCCUACAUAUUGUUUUCGAGUUAUAGACAACGGUAAUCUAUGGAAAAACGAUUACAGGUAGUUACCUGACUUGAGAGAAACUAAACAUCAGCGGUAAGACUUUUAUCGAGAUGGAAGAAAUUGCAUUAAUGUGCAGUAGGCUCGCUUCUGGGCUUAAAAGUUGUCAGUUCGCUCUAUUUUCGCGUUUGGUCUAUAUCGAUUUCUUUACGAAAAAAAUAACCGCAAAAUACAAUCUAGAGAUCGAAGUACAGUUUUGUAGUUCUUUUGAAUAAAAGACUGUCAAACCUACAGA